ACUGUUAUGGUUUUCAUAGUAAAUGUUAAUCAUAAAGUUAAUAUAUCUAGCGGAAAUAAAAAUUUGAUUUGAAAUAAAAAGUAACAAACAACUAAAAUGCUGUGUCCAGAAGUCUGGAAUUUUCCACCACCAAAAGUAGUUUCCUUCUACAAGAAAGGACAAAGUAUAGAAAAUGCUUACAAAAUCAUUACUUCAAAUAACUUUUAUAAAUCAACUAUAAUUACUUGUCCAGAUGAAAUGAACGUACCAAAGUUGAUCGAUGAGGCUCUCGUGGACGACAGUGAUUAUUACAGGAUAUCACAUUGUAGUGUGGCAGUAUUUUUGGAGCCAUGCUUUAUAAAAAGUUUUGUGAAGACCGGGAAACUUUAUUGUAUAUCAGUGAACAGAAACUGUGUUAUUCAAAACUGUGCGUCUGUAACACCAGAUGGAAUUCUAACAUUGCAUGUAUUGGAAUUCAUUUUCCAAACCCUAGGUCUAGAAGGUACGAAGUCACCUCAUGGUUUCAUGGAAAUUAAAAUUGAUCUGUUAAAUCCUAAAGCAGGCAACAACCAAACUAGGAAUGCUUUAGCAAAACUAGAAAAAUUCGAUUUUAACAUAGCCUGGGAACCUAACACUGAGGAAAUAUGUCCAUCCUCAAUAGCUAAAUAUUUUGCUGACAAGAACAUACCUGUAACCUGCCAGAGUUUGGAAAUCGAGAGACUAUCACCUGACAUAAAUGAAGUCCCGUCCCUUAUUGAAGCAGAAAUCGAUGAAGUCGUUGAGUGGAUAGGUAUGCUCGCACACAAUGGAGAUUUAGCUCCAACCGAAGGCUACAUCAGUACCUACAGUACACCGGAGUGUGCAUCACCUCUUAACACAAAAAGAAUAUGCCUUUUAAUAGUCAAAGGGAUGCUAACACCCUCAAGACUCAAUCGAGUGUUAAAUGUUAUGUCAGAGUAUGUGGAAUCAAGGGAAAUAGAAAACUACUGGGCUUGUAUGAGCAUUCAGAGCAUGGAGAAUAGCUUGUGGCGAUGGAAUCCCAGUGCGCCAAGCUUGUUCCAGUCACAGAACAACUCUUGUAAUGUUUUCUUCACAGGUAGUGAACUAUUGGUGUAUUGUAUAGGACAAUUAAAAUAUUCUUAGCAAUUUU